AUGUCAUCUAAGAAGAACUCACAAUUACAGAGUGAAUCUGAAACUGCUCAUUGGAGGAAAACGCUCGCAAAAGCUUUCAUAAGAGAAAGUGAAUGGCCUAAUAAGGAUGAUCUUCUGGAUGUAUUAUAUUGGGGAAGGCAAAUUCUUGCACUCGUGAUUGGCAUUUGCUGGGGUUUUAUUCCUCUGCGUGGUUUUUUGGCUAUUCUUCUUUACAUUAUCAUUUCUACCAUUGUGGGUCAGCUGUAUGCUACGAAUUUUCAAAAGGUAGACGAGGAUUUGCUAGGUGGGUUUUGGGAACUGGCGAAAGAAGGUUUUGGAUCAGCUUUUGCAACUUUUAUGGUGUCUUGGAUAGGUGUUUACUCUGCUUUUCACUUCAUUUAG